AUCAAAAAUUAGUUUCAAUUUUGAAUUUGCUGGAGGUGGGGAUUUCGUCCUGCCGCCAUAUUGUGUCGGGCUGUCUGUGAGUGCUUUAUGUUAACAAAUUUCUGAAAUUGUGGUGUAAAUUCCUUGUUAAUAAAAUAAAGAUUGAAAGUCCAGGUGGACAGAAGUCAACAUGGGAGCAAAGCAGAGUAAGCGGUCGGUGGACAUAAGCGGCAAGGAAGCCGAGAACGCCGGUGAGGUGGCGGCGGCGGGCGCCGGCGGCGAGGGCCGCGUCGAGCAGCUCGCCGACGCCGACGCCGACAUCAAACCGCAGCUCAACGGCGACGCGCACAUACAGCCCCCGCUCGAGAUCUCGGACAAAGAGAAACAGCUCGACAGCGGGACCCCUGAGAACGAAAAGGACGCAACAACAGAGAAGGAAGGCAAGGAGGAACAGAACGGAGAGAAGGAACCCACACCCGUGACGAACGGAGACAGCGAGCCCAAGGAGGACGGGGAAUCCGUGCCCACGCCCGAGGACGGCAAGAAACCUAAGAAAGAAAAGGUCAAGAAAAAAUGGUCACUGAGGUCCAUCAGUUUUAGCAGAAAAGAUAAGCCAAAGCAGGAGAAGAAAUCCAAGGAAGAGGAGCCCAAAACGAAUGGCGAGCCAGAGAAAGUGCCGGAAGAGGCGGCCGAAGCUACCCCCGAAUCCGUCGAGAACAAAACCGCGGAAGUCGCGCCGACCAACGCCGAAGCGAAGGAGGAGAAGACCCCCGAGACGCCCGUCACCGAGCCCAUGACCAACGGCAGCAGCACCCCCUCCUCCCCCGCGGCCGAGCUCGCGGCCGACCCGCCCGCCGCGCCUGCCACCGCCGCGCCCGCCGAGCCCGCCCCCCCCCGCGCCGCCGCCGUCGACACGACGCCCGAGCAGCUGCCGGUGAACGGCCUCUCGCUAGACGAGCCCGAGCCGGAGGCGCCCGAGGCGCCCGUCGUGGAGGAGAGCGCACCCGCGGCGCCCGCGCCGGCGCCGGAGCCCGCCCCGGCCCCUGAAAUUCCUGUCAAAACAGAGGAGCCCCUGCCCAUCGCGGACAAGAUCGCAGACUUGAUACCAGAGAUCCCGACCAUCCCAGAACUGAAGACCGAAACGGAGAGCGCGGUGGCGGUGGCGGACUAGAGCGGCGAGGCGAGCGGGACGUGCCCAGAAACAAGCCUUUAAUUUAUUCCCAUUUCGUGGUAAAGAGUGUCGAACUAAGUUCGCUCGUUUCACGUUCGGUUUUAAAUGUGACCUUUCAUAUAGAAUAUUAUAGUAUAAGUUUAGCGUGCUUUGCUUCUGAAUUAAAAAAAUAUACAUUUUAUUCGCUAGGAUCGAGUUUUAUAAUUAUAUACGGUAACAAAGUUAUGUAGGCAGUAUACGGUGCGAUAAGUUGGUGCCAUUAUUACAGGGGUAUUAGUUAUGUGUCGCGGCUCUCGCGGCGCACUCACGAGGGAGCGACGGCCACGGCCGGUGCGGAAUAUAGAGGCGGUGUUGUCUUAGAGUUGUUGCUCCGUGUUGAAGGUGCGAGUACCCACCGCCCGUCCCACCUCUGAAGGUGGACGGGGCGAAACGUGUAACCGACCUUCUAUAGGUACUUUAAUUUAGUUUAAAAUUGGAUCUGAAACUUGUUAGAUCAUUGAUAACUAAAAGCCGUUAAGCUAAUGUGUACCGCCGUUUAAUGAAUACUGGCAAUUUUCACUUUUCCGGUCUGCGGCUUAUUUAUAUUUUAGUCUAAUUUAAAGCAAAAAUAAUGGCGGUAAAUUAAAGUACAGUAGUUAACGUGCCACUCUGACUAACGUGCUGCACUAUUGCUACAUUCCAAUUGCUCAAUUUUACUAACCGGGUGAACUAAAACUACAAAUAUGUCUCUUCAAGCUUUAACAUCGAAAUUAACAUCCAAUCGUGGAAUGGUGUAGCAGCUAUUAGCGGAUUAGCAGGGGUCGGCGAACGGCGGCUCUUUGGGUGUCCCAAAAAGUUGUAAUAACCGACCUAAUCUACUAUAUUAAUUUGUGAUUAAGAAACUGGCACUGCUACGGUUACCUCUUAAGUUUGUCAACCCCAGCGUCGGUACCAUGGUCGCGUUUUUAUCGCCUGUAGUGUCAUGUAUCACUUUCGCACUUACAUACUUGAUAGAACAGGCGAUAAAAACGCGACCAUGCUCUGAACUAUCAUAUCAAGAGACACAUGCUCGUACCGCAGCCAGCGCAGGCGCAGCGACAGCACGCAGGUGACGUCUCGCUAGCGCGCGAUGUCGGAUCUCAGCUAUUGUGGCUAUUUAGUUCGAAAACUUAACACUCAUCCGAGUUUAACAAGGGUGUUCCUCUAACGAAUCACUUAACAUUUUAUACCUAUAAAAUGAUACAAGUAUCAUCUAUAAUUUUACGCAAGCUCGAAAGGUUUACUAUUAUGUAUAUACGAAUAAACGAUUUUUCAUUAAACUUAUUUUUAAAACUGUUAAUUGCGUGUCGAGAGUAUAAAUUCAAUGUACAUUGUUAAAUAAUGAAGUCGAAAUUAAUUUGAUUUAUUAUAUCAUUAGUGUGGUAAUUUUGGUAACUAGUAAACUCGUGUAUAAAUUUAGUUUGAUGGUGAGCUCUCUGUAAUGAAGUGGGGAAGGAUAAGUUAGGUUAGUGAGGAGCGAGGCGCGUCGUUAUCAGUAGUCGACUACCUGGAGCUAAAUUAACGGUCACCCAGACUUCUAACACAAACGGCCUAUUGGCUGCCAAAUUUUUGAAAAUUUUAAUCUUGAUAUUCAGUGGCCAAAGUUUUGAUUAAACUAUACAAUUUUUAUGCAUAUACAGACAUACACGAUUAUAUUACUGUAAUAUUUAGAUUAGUACGUGUAAUAGAAGUCGAUUAAUGUAAGUUAGUGAAAGCAGUGCAAUACUUAGUGCUGCUUCUAGUGUAUCGGUUUCCACCUCAUACCUAUAUAGAAUUAAUAUACUAUUGGAUUUAUCAAUAGCAACGGCGUCCAUUUGUCAUAUGGUUUCAUAAUCAUUUUUGUAAUUUUGUACAUUUUUUACGAAAUUGAAAGUGACGAUUGCACGAUGAGGAGACUCUGGAUAUUAGCAGUAAAUGUGUGAGACAUUCCAUAUCCAACCGCUGCCCGCUGCGGCCUCCCGUACGUAUUGUGUAGUUACUAGCAGCUUGCGGCGUCCGUCCCUCAUCCUUCGUGGCGUUUACUCUAAUGGAAUUGUUUAUAUAUUAUACAUUCAUAAUAUAUUUUUUCUUUAUAAUUUAUAUUGAUGCUUGUAUAAUGUUAUUAUAGGAACGUGCGAGACGAUCGCUAGUUUUGAGCUGUAACAACUUGUUCCUUCAACUUAUAUGCUAAUGAAUUGAUAUUGCAAGUCAAAUUGUGUCAGCUAUUGAAAUAUUUACAUUUUAAUAAUAUAUCAUUAUAAACUCAAAUAUUGUUUGCUCAUAAUGGCAAUGUGCGACUUGUAUGAUAAUUAUGAUAUUCCAAUUUUUAUUAAACUUAAAUGUUGAUGUGUGAAUGUCUCUAAUCAAUAAAUAAUAAAACCAGAAAA